CUUUCCUGACUGCCCCUCUUGCCUCGUGCUGAACGUGCGUUCCGUGUCCGUCAGCUCACUUACAACAUGGGUCGUUCGAAAAGCAUUCCCGACCGGUGGCUAGACUACAGCGAGGUUGGAGGUGUCGUGCCCGGAACGCGGUUCAUAGCAUUCAAGGUGCCGCUUCGUGAAUCGAUAUGCUCCCGCAUGCCAGCGAGCAAACGCUUCACACCGCACGAUCUUCUGCAGCGAAUACAGGGCCUAGGCCUCGUGAUUGAUUUGACGUGCACGAACCGCUACUACGACCCCGAUUCUCUCGUCAAUCGUGGCAUCCUCCACGCCAAAAUCAUGUGCGCCGGCCAGCAAAUACCCAGCGACGGUGUGGUGAGCGAGUUUUUCCGUGCCGUCGACGCCUUCCUCUCUGACCCCGUGAACAGCGGCAAAUUGAUAGGUGUGCACUGUACUCACGGCGUUAACAGGACGGGGUAUCUAGUCUGCAAGUACAUGAUCCAGAAGCUGAGUGUCGCACCCGCGACAGCCAUUGAGCAGUUUCAGAAUGCCCGCGGCCACAAGUUCGACAGGGAUGAAUACGUCAGCGACCUACAACGUGUCGGAGGGCAAGUGCCUACACUGGGUCUUAGCGGUGAUGACAGGCGACUACAAGUCUGCCAGCCUGCUCAAGGCGCCAGCAGGGAAGACCAGUACGUCCGCAACUUUUUAAGUAGCGACAGACGACAAUACGUCGGCAACAUACAAUGCUCCAGAGACGCCGGCAGUAGGCUUCCCGGAGUGGCUGCACCUUUUCCAGCUGAUGGUGACGUUUACUGGGACUCCAACAGCCAUGCAGCGAGCGGCACAUUUCCUUACGGGCUCAGUGCAUGGAACGCCGCACGAAGUGAAGGUUAUGCACGUGAGUAUGGUAACACACGUGACAUGUGCGCGUUGCCGCCCCAGUUCAGUGAUAUGCGAUCGCAGACCCCGACUUACCAAAAUGGCAUUGCCCCUCAGGCCCAGUGCGUUUGUCCCGGUGCGUCCACAACACACUUACAGUCACCAAAGUGCCUUGCCAUCCCAGGCAAACAUGUACAAUGAGCAGUCGCAAGGACAAAGCUACAGCCAUCACAGCGGCAUGGCUCAUUCGAUGCAGCCUCAGCACAGCUUUUACGAUGCAAGGCCGCAAGUGCAGGGCUACGGUAAUCAUGGUCGUCAUGGCACCUGAGCUAAGCAGUUUCAAUGCACCACUGCAAGGCCCUCGUUACAGUCAACCCAGUGGCACGUCACUGCAGCAGAAUGUACCCCAUGCACCAUCAAUAGGGACCAGUGCGAUCUCCAUCCCGAGUGAGGAGCCCAAAUGUUACUGCUGACAUGCACGGUGGGCAUGGUGGACACAAGCCAUACAGUCAUGAUGAAAGACAGUACUGGUGACGCUAGCAGUGCUACGAAGACUACUUGCUUCGCCAGAAAGUGUUCUUAGUCAUAAAGACUUUGUCACUUUGCUUUUGUCGCCAACCUGCAGUGAUGGAAAUUUUUUGUAUAGUGCAUGAAGCACACACAAAUAAAAAUUAUGUAACAUUAUUCUGUAAUGGGGACAGAACUAUUUAUGCAUAAAAAAUCAUUUAAUCGUGUACCAAGUAAAGGUAUGCAUUGGCAGUGUCAGUUGAGGUGAACACCCAGUAGCGCAGUUAUCUAGUGCUAUAUCUACAGCACUGGAGUGGAACUUGAGCAAAAUUUUCAGCAGAGAGAAAACUGACAGAAUAUACAAGAUGUUUGUGGUGAGUCUUUAGUUUCCUUCCUGUGCUGCAUAUGACGAUUGUGUAGACUGCGUUUUCUUUAAUUUCAUCGACCAGUGUAGCACAACAAGGACGAGGAAAGAAAGCUCAAGCUCAGAGUCCUCUCUCUCGGUUCCUGUCGUGCCGUACUGUCUCAUGGAGUGAAAUCCCAACCAUCUACCCCGGCUGUGCGUCCUUGUUUUUUCUUGUUUAUUUUUUUUUGCUGGGCUGCUGCUUAUCUGCUAUUACUGCAAGUGUUUUCUUGCUGUCGGGUUGCAGAUAUUCGUGAUACGCUUCACUCAGUUGCUUCUUAGGCGCUAGACAACUGGCUUUGUCCUUUGGACAUAAUUUAAAAAGCUUGCUCAAUUUAGCUGUGCAACCUUUCAGCAAAGCUUUUUUCUUAUUUUGGUGCAUGUAUUCUUUUAAAGACAGCUGCAUUUUGCAAGAAUGUCUUUCUACUCUGUGUAAACAUUAAGAGUUGCAAUGCUGGGUGAAUAAUAAUUCAAGUACUUGUUUAAAUUUAUUUUUGGAAAUAAAUUAUUCAUGAACACUGCUUA